GGCCGGGGUCCGGGGGCUGGGCCUGGGCCUGGGGUUGGGCCCGCGGCGAGCCAGACCUUAGGGAGCAAGUGGGGUAGAGUGGGGCGGGGCAGGGCCGAGCUGGAAAUGGGGCGCUGCAGGGCUGGGAACCGACCCUGAGCUCGUCUUGCGUGGGGAGAGCCGAGUUCAGAGGGCGCGGGAGGCGGAGACGUGAAGUCAGAGCUGAGUGGGCGGAAAAGAGCCUGGGCUGAGACAUGGCCACCAGUCACCCAGCAGGACACAUGCAACUGCCCCGAGCUGAUGCCAUACGUUCACGUCUCAUUGAUACUUUCUCUCUCAUCGAGCAUCUGCAAGGCUUGAGCCAAGCUGUGCCACGACACACUAUCCGAGAGAUACUUGAUCCUUCCGGUCAGAAGAAGCUUAUGUUGGGAGAUCAACACCAGCUUGUGCGCUUCUCCAUAAAGCCUCGACAUGUAGAACGUAUUACACGUGCCCGGAGACUGAUGAGCAGGCUUCAUGUGCGCUACAGUCAGAGGCCACCUCUUUCCUUGUGGGCUGGAUGGGUCCUUGAGUGCCCUCUCUUCACAAACUUCAUCAUCUUUCUCAUCUUUUUGAAUACAAUCGUACUGAUGGUUGAAAUAGAAUUGCUUGAAUCCUCAAAUACCAAACUGUGGUCACUGAAGCUGAGUCUGGAGGUGGCAGCUUGGUUCAUCUUGCUUAUUUUCAUCUUGGAGAUCCUUCUUAUGUGGAUAUCCAGCUUUUUCCUCUUCUGGAAGAAUGCUUGGAAUGUGUUUGACUUUGUUGUCACCAUAUUGUCCCUGCUUCCUGAGGUUGUGGUGCUGGUAGGGGUAACAGGCCAGUCUGUGUGGCUCCAGUUGCUAAGGAUAUGCCGGGUGCUAAGAUCUCUCAAACUCUUUGCACGAUUCCGUCAAAUUCGAGUCAUUAUUUUGGCCCUGGUGAGGGCCCUCAAGAGUAUGACCUUCCUCUUGAUGUUGCUGCUCAUCUUCUUCUACAUUUUUGCUGUGACUGGUGUCUACUUCUUUGAGGACUACACCCGUUCAACUCGCCAGGACCUGGAGUACCACAUGUUCUUCUCGGACCUUCUGAAUUCCCUGGUGACAGUAUUCAUCCUCUUCACCAUGGACCAUUGGUAUGCAUUGCUUCAGGAUACCUGGAAGGUGCCUGAAGUCAGCCGUACCUUCAGCAGCAUCUAUGUCAUCCUUUGGUUGUUACUUGGUUCCAUUAUCUUUCGAAAUAUCAUAGUAGCCAUGAUGGUUACUAACUUCCAGAAUAUCAGGAAUGAGCUGAACGAGGAGAUGACACAUUUGGAGGUUCAACAUAAAGCUGACAUAUUCAAGCGGCAGAUUAUCCAGAGGAGACAAAACCUGUCCCCUGAGGCACUGAGGUCAAGCCUUAGCAAAAUGGAUGCCAGAGAUGCCAGUCAACAAAGGGAAUCUUUGGAGUUAUCAACAGCUUUUGAAGAAGAGUCUAAACACAGUGCUGAUGAAGAGGGUUCAAGGGCAUCUAUAUCGAAAACAAAAGAGUCCUUGUCAAAAAUGAAAAAGUCCGCCUCUUCUUCCUCCUCUUCCUCCUCCUCCUCCUCUUAUUCUUCCUCCUCGUCUUCAUCUUCCCUCGAUUCCUCCUCUUCUUCUGACUCCAGAUAUUUAGACUCCAUUGGUCAGUUGGACUGGGAAACUCAUGUGCACCAGAAUCUGCCUGGGUUAAUGGAAAUGGAUCAGGAUGAUCGUGUUGUUUGGCCUAGAGAUUCACUCUUCCGAUAUUUUGAGUUGCUAGAAAAGCUUCAGUACAACCUAGAGGAGCGUAAACGGUUGCAGGAGUUUGCAGUUGUCCUCAGGCCUGCCUUCCCACUUGUUCUCUUGUUCUCUGGGAAAAGGAGAAGAAGGAGCAAAGUAGCUUCUUUAAUCUGGAUUAAUUCAUCUAUGGCAAAGAGUACAGACUCAUAGGGCUUACUAUAAGUAAAGGUUAGUGAAGAUUUGUGUGGGAAAAGCAGGGUUUUCAAACAUUUAUAUGUCCUGAAUAUUUUUAGCUUUUCAGCCUCACAGUCUUUUUCU